AGAAAUGAACCAAUGCAAUACAAAGCUGAGCUCAUAAUUAACAAACAAUAGUAUUCUCUUUUGAUCAAACAAUGGCUCAUGUUAAGCUUGCUCCUUUUGCUGCUGUCUUCUUACUUGCCGCGUUCUGUAUGUCCCAUGCAUUUCUAUUUAUAUGAUAUUUUAGAACUCAUGGAGAAAUUAAUCUAUAAUAAUGUGAUGUUCCCCAUGAAGAAAGUAGAAGCUGCAGAUUGUUUGAUUAGUUGCAGCCCAGAUUCUCCCCAUUGUGAUGUUGGUUGUGAGUGCCACAUCACUAGUCUUUUUUCAGGUUCAUGCUUUUCUAAAUUUUUGGUAGAUCCUAAGAAGAUGGUUGAGAAAUAUUCUAAGGUAUGUCAGUCUCAUACUGAUUGCACAAAGAAAGGUAGUGGGAGUUUUUGUGGACGUUAUCCAAAUUCUAUUUUGGAAUAUGGCUGGUGUUUUGCCUCUGAGUCUGAAGCAGAAGACAUAUUCUUCAAGAUUGCCUCUAAAUCUAAAUUCUCAAAAGACUUCUUGAAGAGGCCUAUUACUGUUUAAUAUUGAUAUUUCCAAAAAAAAAAAAUCUACCAUGCUGGAUAUAAUGCAUCUACCUCUACCACUUUAAAUAAAUAGUCUUUGUUUCCGACUAAAUAACUGAAUUUUAGAUAUCCAUCCAAAUUUCAAUUAAUGAUGUAUGUGCAUGGGUGUGGCCCUUUAAUAUAUUGUGUUACUUUACAAGUUGUGAAUCA